GCGCGCGCGCGACGCUCACUUCCUGCUCCGCGUUGCCUUGGCGACCGCGUACCUAUACGAUACACUGACGAUACUAAUACGAUACUACUACGACAUAAGCUAUAUUUUCGAAAAUUGUGCAGUGUGUGAAGUGAACUUAUAAACAUGGUUGACUGUGAUACUACCGAGAUGACGACGGUGCCAAAACCCGGUCGGCUGCUGGGCAUGCGGCACGUGAUGGCGUGUCUCAUGUUCCUCGGGACCACCGUCUCCUACGCCACGCGAGUCUCCAUGAGCGUCGGCAUCGUCGCUAUGACUUCCAACAACAGCUAUGGUCAUCCGGUGUUCACCCACUGGACGCGGAGCAUACAGGAUACGAUCCUGUCCUCAUUCUUCUGGGGCUACAUCGUGCUGCAGAUCCCGGCGGGGUACAUCGCCGGCCGCUUCGGGGGCAAGUACCUCAUGCUCAUCUCCAUGGCAACCACAGGCGUCGUUAACUUGCUGCUACCCAUUGCCGCUGUCAAGGGUGACUACAUGGCGGUGUGCGCAUGCCGCAUCGUGAUGGGUCUGGUGCAGGGGCUGCUGUACCCCAGCCUGCACGGCGUGCUCGGACACUGGGUGCCCGUCACCGAGCGCAGCCGACUCGGCACCUUCGUAUAUGCUGGUGCACAGCUGGGUACAAUCGUGGAGUUGCUGACAUCAGGCGUGCUGGCCGCCAGUCCGUGGGGCUGGCCGUCCGUGUUCUACGUGGCGGGCAUCUGCUGCAUCGUGUGGUCCGUGCUGUGGAUCAUACUCGGCGACUCCACGCCCGGCUCCAGCCGCUGGAUCUCCAAAGAAGAGAGGAACUAUAUCGAGUACAAUGCAGGCUCCAACGACAUUGGACAUGAGAAAAUUCCAACGCCUUGGAAAGGUAUCCUGACCUGUCUUCCAUUCUGGGCGAUCUUGCUGGCUCACUGUGGUCAGAACUUAGGAUUCUGGACGCUCCUCACCGAAUUACCAUCAUAUAUGAAGAAUGUUCUAAAUGUGGACAUUAAAGAGAACGGACAGUUAUCAGCUCUGCCGUACGUCGCUAUGUAUAUCCUCAGCUUCUUCUUCAGCUGGCUGGCAGACUUCCUGGUGAACAGAAAGAUCAUCAAACUAGUCACCUCUCGCAGAAUAUUCAACACUAUCGCUCAAUGGGGUCCUGCAGUGGCGCUGCUGGGUCUAUCGUACCUGCCGGCCGGAAACCUGUCGCUUGCUGUCAUCAUCCUCACCGUUACCUGUGGUCUCAACGGCGCCCACUACGUCGGAUUCAUGUUAUCCCACAUUGACUUGUCUCCCAACCACGCGAGUACUAUGAUGGGCUUCACCAACGGUAUCGGAGCGAUCUUCUCGAUCUUGGCUCCUCUCAGCGUCUCCUUCGUUGUUGAAGACGAGACCAGUGCAGCUGACUGGCGGAAAGUGUUUUUCAUAUCGGUAGCAUUUUACUUCCUGGCCAACUUGUUCUACUUGCUGUUCAUCUCAGCUGACAUACAGCCGUGGAAUGAGCCCAAACCUAAAGCUCUCGAAGAUGGAGUAAAGAAAUCAGAUGAAAAGAACGCUGACGAGAAGUCCAAGAAUAUGGGCGAGCACAAGUUCUGAGGAUGCGAGGAGUGGACUGCUAGUCAUAUUUAGUAGAGAAACAACGUUUGUGAUGUGUGCUAGAGACCGUGUGGCACAGCUCGGCACUACACACAGGACACAACAAUAUGUUACAUACUUCGACUGUGAUACAUGUCUACAUAAAGGUCGCUGAUUAAGUACCUACUUAAGCUUAUGGUGACUUACAGGUCGUCAAAUGAUGCAGCGUAAUUGAUUAUACAAUAUUUUUUUAUAAAAUUUUCACGCGCAAAUAACGUCAUUAUUUAUAUGUUUCGAAAAAUAAAAACGUUUUUAUCAACAUCAUUAAUGUUAGUGAAAAUAUUUGCUCAAUAUUAUAAAAGUUUCCAGUGGCGUAUCGUACCUAAUUAAAACUUAAUUCUGGAACUCGCGGGCUCACGUGCCCUCUUCAAAUUAUGACAAAUUGUGUUCGGAACUGCCUCAAGUUUGUCACAUUCCCUUUUGACAAAUCCAAUUAUACAACAGUUUGUCAUAUUUUAUGAGUACACUAGUUUAAUUAGAAAUUAUUGAGAAAUUACCUGAAUAACUCGCUUCCCAUAAUUCAUGUCAAGUCAUCGGGACGUUUGCUUGCAAGUACAUGCCUGGUCUCGAGUUAUUGACCAUAGAACACCUAGCCACCGAGUCGAGUGGUUUGUUAAGAUAAUUUUCAUGAAAGAAAUAUAAUUAUUAUGUCACCUCUGACGAUGUUUUCUGUAUGUGUGAUACAAUAUUGUUCAGUAAAAUAAAUAACUCUAAGAAUAACUAUCUACAUAUUUAUAAAUGAACGCUGUAAAAUAGCGGUAAAUGUUAAUAAAAUAGAAUGUAACGGAAACCAAAGAGGAUUCUGUAAACCACGCGACCAGUGCCUUCUAUCUGUGUAAUAAUUUAUUUGUAAAUAUUUACUACUUAAUUAAGGUUCGUUAAAUACAUUUAUUUGU